UGACAAACGUGGUGGAUGUCAUGUCCUGCAUUGCAGAGUCUGCUGGAUAAGGGGAGAGUGACAGACAUUAAACACGUGUGUGAGUCUACCAUGAUCAGUAACAGAUUGGGUCGUGCCCCUUUCCCACCCCAGAACUUUUAUUCUCUCUUUAUUGCUAUGGUAUAAAGCCCCCAAAUCAGCGGAAUCAGACCCAGUCCCGCUCUUUGCUGCCCGUCUGCCUGUUGCUCUCCGUCUUCCAGGGUCCCAGCUCCAGGGCUGCUUCCUGUGGCCGAGAUGGCUUACCACAGCCCUGCCCUGCCCAUGCCCUCUGUCUACCCUGCAUGCCCCCACUGGACCUUUGAGGCAUGGCAGGGAACAUGACUUCCUCAGGGACCCCCAGCCAAGGGGGGAAGGAGGCCAGGAAGCAGCUGCCUGUGGUGAUUCUCUUGGGCUGGGGUGGCUGCAGGGACAAGAAUCUGGCCAAGUAUAGCGCCAUCUACCACAAAAGGGGCUGCAUUGUGAUCCGAUACACGGCCCCCUGGCAUAUGGUCUUCUUCUCUGAGUCCCUGGGCAUCCCCUCACUUCGUGUGAUGGCCCAGAAGCUGCUCGAGCUCCUCUUUGACUACGAGAUUGAGAGGGAACCACUGCUCUUCCACGUCUUCAGCAACGCCGGCGUCAUGCUCUACCGCUACGUGCUGGAGCUCCUACAGACCCACCCGCGCUUCAGCCACCUGCACGUGGUGGGCACCAUCUUUGACAGUGGUCCUGGUGACCGCAACCUGGUAGGGGCCCUGAGGGCCCUGGCAACCAUCCUGGAGCGCUGGCCUGCUGCGCUGCGCCUGUUGCUCCUGGUGGCUUUUGCCAUGGUCAUAGUCCUGUUCCACUUCCUGCUCGCUCCGUUCACGGCCCUCUUCCACACCCACUUCUAUGACCGGCUGCAGGACUCAGGCUCCCACUGGCCUGAGCUCUACCUCUACUCCAAAGCUGAUGCGGUGGUCUCAGCCAGAGACGUGGAACGCAUGGUAGCGGCACGCCUGGCUCACCAGGUCCUGGUGCGCUCAGUAGACUUUGUGUCAUCUGCACAUGUCAGUCACCUCCGUGACUAUCCUACUUACUAUACAAGUCUGUGUGUCGACUUCAUGCAAAACUGUGUCCAGUGCUGAGGUUCUGCUCCAGAAUAAAUGUCGGGCACCUCCCUUCAAC